AUGUCUCAAGAGUCAUCAGACACCAUGGAGGUAGAGAUCGAUUGUGUAUGCAAGCAUAACAAGUGCCCAGGCUACCCGUACGGCGAUGAUGGCCUCGCAGUCACAAAGGAGGCAUGGGAUGAGAACUUUCUCAUCCAGUGUGCUUCCUGUCACUCUCAUUGUCAUGGACCAUGUGUUGGGUUUCCAACACCAGAAACAGCAGACACUUCCGAGUUCUUUUGUUUGUGGUGCCGGCCUCAUUACCACCAAUUAUUCAAAAAUGAAAAGGGCCACAUAUACUCGCAUUAUACAGACGAAUCAGACGUUAAAGACGAUGAUUACAACCCUAAACAACAUAGCGACGCCAAUCGCAAGCGUAAAGCUUCUCGAGCCGGAAGAAACGCCCAACCGGGAGGCUAUCCAUCUACCAAGCGUGCAAGAUCUGAACUCAUACAAAGGAGGCCCUCCGAUGAGGAUCCUCCAGCUGUGAGAACAGAAGAGUUGCCGCAAAAGUCGACGAAGCGGUGGAAGAGUGAGCGGACUACAUGUGGAGGAAACAUACGUAGCCAAGAGAAGUGCGAGAGUGUUCCGCGAGACUCACGAAACAAUAAAUGUCCAACAUCACCUGUAGCUGUCCCCAGACAGGAGGAAUGA